ACCAUAAAAAUCAUAAUAGCUGUCAAACACGACGAUGGGACAUUAUCAUUGAAAAAAAUCUAUUUAUCGUCAAAACAAUGAAAAAUAGCACGCGGAAAUGAGACGUAACCAGUGACGAAUCGCACUUGCUGACAAAAUCAGUGUUCGUUGUAGCAGAGUUUGCUAAAUCCAUGCUAGUGACAAGUGAAUCGCAAUAAUUGAACUUCCUUUGUGUUGUGACAAUGGCAGCAGCACUGGCUAAUGAUUCCCCAAAAUACCGCAAUAGCCUUAUCUGCUGCAGCCCUAGGAGCGUCGAUGUGGCGUCUACGUCGUCAGCGUCGUCUUCCACAUCAGGAUGCGUCUCGGCUGACGACAAUUAUGACUCGAAUUUCGUUCCGAAGUCAAUAUCGAACAAAAAACUCAAAAUUCACAGCUCAGCGACCAGAGAAGAGGUGGAAAAAGCAAUUGUACAGUGUAAAGAGCUUGUAUUGAACACUCCACAGUGUUCAGAUGAGCGUAAGUGGCUCGUGAGAUAUCUAGUUGAACUGCGCUUGAGGCUAGAAGAUUUAAAAGACAACGAUGGACAUGUCAGGGCGCGGGUGGCCAUCAAAGGUCACCACUUCGAGCAGCAGGUCAGUCCAAACAACCGUAAACAGUAUUGUGACCACUGCAGCGGAGUUAUCUGGAGCAUCGUACAGAGUUCUUACAUCUGCACGGAUUGUGGCUAUCUGUGUCACUAUAAGUGUGUUGAUCAUAUCUGCAGAAUGUGCGCUCACGUCGUCAUGACCGAUAGAGGGCAGUUUGAGAUGAGUAUAUGUCCGGAAAGAGGUUUAGCGACACAAGAUUAUAAGUGUGCUGAAUGCCAGACAGCUUUAACGUUCAAGGACUCGUGGAAUGAACCUCGAUUAUGUGAUUAUACUGGACUGUAUUUCUGUUCCACAUGCCAUUGGAACGAUAUGAUUGCGGUACCAGCGAGGGUAGUCCACAAUUGGGAUUGGGAGAAGAGGUACAUUUCUCGCCUCGCUUACCAAAUGCUGACUUUAUCUUGGUCACGACCGUACAUUGACGUAGAGAGGAUUAACCCGAGACUGUUCACUUUCAUCGCAGAAUUGGAGUGGGUGCAUAAAAUGAGAAGGGAUUUAGAAUGGAUGAGACGUUACUUGUGUGCGUGUCCGGAAGGAACACAUUUAUUAUCUCCGUUAUUUAUACAGCUAGGAGAUGUGAAUAAUAAGUACAGUAUGGCUCAUUUAGAAGCCAUUAAUGAUGGUUCUUUAGAGUCAAAAUUAACAGAACUGACAGAAUUAUGUCGCGUCCACAUAACAGGUUGUGCGCUAUGCUCCGGCAAAGGUUAUUUAUGUGAAGUGUGCGGUAACAACGAGAUUUUGUAUCCGUUUGACAGUGGUGCGAUUCUGUGUGACAAAUGCAACUCUAUGUACCACCGAGGGUGCUGGCUACGCAAAGGCCAAAAGUGCCUGAAGUGUAUCCGUAUAGAGGAACGUAAGAAAAGCAUUGUAUGUAAUGACGAUGAUGACCAAACUGAUGCUAUUUCUAAUUUAGAAUAUGACAUAGACAAAUUUGUCGACAACGUUUAUGUACCUGACAUUUAAAAAUAUUAUUAUUUUUCAUUCAAUGUUUUCAUAUUUUAUUUUUAUAACAUUUUAGAAGCUUCAGAUUAUUAACUAAAUGUAUGACAUUCAAGUUUUUUUAUUAUUCAUGCAUUUUAUAAAAAUACAAACACUGACUUAUUUACAUAAUAUGGUCAUUAACAGAUAAAAUCCUAUCUCUAACUGACCAAAUAAUAGUAAUUUGAAAUGAUUAAUUUACAAAACAAAUACUUAAUUGACCUUUUUUUCUACAAACAAACCUACAUUUUGGGGCUUCUAAAGUUUUUUGACUUGAGUGGAUUCCAUUUGAUAUUUCCAAUGAUACCACUCAUAUUUUAUGUCUGUAACAACAAUUUUAUUUAAAAGAUGCUUUGACUAACAAUGUAUGCUUUUUAAAUGUUUACUAAUAUCAUAAAUACGAUAGCAACUGUUUGUUUUAAUUUUAAGAGACAGACCUGCGAGAUAAGGACCUUUAGUUGCUAAAAAGGGCAAAGCUGCAGGCCAAAACUAGUUGUUUUUAUUUAAAACAUAUCUGACCUCAUAUUUAUCUUACAAUCCUCAUGUUUAUAAAACUGCAUCAUUUUAUUUAGUUGAUGCAUACAAGUAUUUAUGUUACAUAAUAUCAAGUUAUAAUGUUUGUUAACUCACUUUUAAUGUUAUUACUGUAAUUAAUUAUUGUAACAUUAAAUAACAAUAUCUGGUGGCACUGGUUGUUAAAGAAAAGUAAAUAAAACAUUGGGGAAUUAUCUAAGUACUGUUAAUUUUUGUUAAUGGACAAAAGUAAUAUUAAAUUCUAUAGAAUAAUGGUGCUGUAAAUUAUUAGCAAUAAAAAUGUAUAAAAGCUUUAAAUAAAUAAUGUGACUGCUACAAUAUUAAAUUAGUAAUUUAUCCCUCGAAUUUAGAAUUUUAUUAGAUUCAGAUUAAAUAAUAGAAAACCGGAAAUAAAAUUGUUGCCGCCAUUUUUUGACACGGCGUAUACAGGAAAUCCGUUAUGUGACAUUUAAAAAAUAAGGCUUCCUAUUCACGGCACGUUUUUCUCCAAAAAAAAUGAAGUUUUGAUUAUAGUUCUUUUUCCCACUUCACAUUGUUAAUUGUUUAGAGCUUUAUGAUGCUGAUGAAUAAUAUUUAAUAUAGAAUUUACCAUUCUAAAGGCCAAUUGUUACUAAUAUUUCUGACGUUCAUGUAAAUAUUUAGCUUAAGAUAUUAUUAAACUUUUGUAUGUGAUCAGUUGCGCGUUAUUCAUCGGCUCAUCGUUUAUUGUAAGAUGUUUGUUUACCAUCGCAUUGUAUGUUGGAAUAUAUUUUUUGAACCAUGAAUACACUUAUUGGAAAUUAAA